AUGUGGCUUCUUGACGUAAACUCUGUACGGCUGAUAUUCUAUGCCAACGAAGAGCAGACCCCGCCGUACGCAAUCCUUUCGCAUACAUGGUCUGACGAUGAGGUGUCGUUCCAAGACAUAAAGUCGAUACCCUCCGGCAAUGACUUAGCAACCAAGGCUGGUUGGUCCAAGAUAGAGCAUGCUUGUCGUCUCGCAUUGUCUUUCGGACUCAGCUAUGUCUGGGUUGAUACUUGCUGCAUCGACAAGUCGAGCAGCGCCGAACUCCAAGAGGCAAUAAACUCCAUGUUCAGAUGGUACGAACUGGCACAGAUAUGCUUCGCUUACUUAUCCGAUGUUUCUACCUCUGAUGAUCAUAAUGUCAAAGGGUCGUCUUUUCGCCGUUCUCGUUGGUUCAAAAGAGGCUGGACGUUGCAGGAGCUAAUUGCUCCAAAUGAAGUCGCUUUCUAUGAUAAAGAUUGGAAACCGCUAUUUACAAGAGGAAAUACAGUAGACCUAAUCAGAGCUAUUACUGGUAUCAGAGAAUACUUUUUGUCUAAUCAACAUCGAGAUAAAGAUAAAGACAUAUGCAACAUGCUCUCGACAGCAAGCGUUGCUGAACGAAUGGCUUGGAUGAAUAAUCGAAAUACAACAAGACCCGAGGAUCUAGCUUACUGUUUGCUAGGCAUAUUUGACAUCAAUAUGCCCAUGCUCUAUGGAGAAGGUUCAAAGGCCUUUCAGAGAUUACAAGAAGAGAUCAUGAAGAAAAACGAUGAUAGCAGCUUGUUUGGUUGGGGCUACCAAGAGCUACAUAACCAGUGGCGUUUCGAACAAGAGUCUCUUCUUGCGCCACAUCCCUCUUCGUUCAGACUUUGCGGCGACAUUGAACCCUGUCCCCUGGUAGGAUUCAGCGCACCUACGUUCUCGAUGACCCAAAGGGGGUUGCAGAUGGAAGUUCCCGUGCGUGUCGACUUGACGCACCAACUACUUGUCUACAUGAUACUGGGUUGUUCUCCUCGUUCGACAGAAGAAGGUCUUGAUCAAAAGAACGUUCCUAAAUCCUUCGUGGCGAUACCAUUAAUAUCUACAAGUGCUUACGAUCUAUUUGAUGCAGGUGAGGGGGCUCAAAAGGGAGAGUACUUGCGUCCCAAAUGGUGCAGGCCUACUCUUGUCUCUGAGAAAUUCCUAAGUCAGGCCAACACGACCAGCAUAGUUAUCCGACGACCCUCGGAGCGACUUGGUAAACUUCAAAAGUUGCCUAUCUCCAUUGCAUCCCCCGCAGUCUCCGUCAUGCAAGACUACACUAUACUAGGGACCUAUCCACCACAGCCGAUCGGAAGUCAAUUGCUUUUAAUCCAGUCAUCACAGCAUGUACCAGAUGUUGCACCACCACCUGAUAUCCAAAAGAAGGUUCCGGUUCCUCUGUCAAUUAUGUAUUCGAAGGAGCAUCAAAUAAUGAUCCAAAUAAACAUACCGACGCUCGGCGACUUCGUCGUCGUCUUGGGGUAUCGGGCAGUGGGAUGGCGUAGGAGUCAAGGCAUGAAUAUCUGGCAGUGCCUUGAUAUCAAAAGUCACGUUUUCAAGUUCCCGGACAAUAUCAACAUAGAAGCCCUGCACACCUUGUCCAUCACACAAGACUUCACUUCUCUACCAGGAGUUAGUCCAAUCCUUCUAGCUGAUCGCUGUAUGUACAAAGUUGGCACUGAGAUCGAUGCGUACCUUGAAUUUCUACUCACGAAGGAUGACAAGCGAUCAGGGAUUUCGAAUGCAUUUAUUAGCGUCAUUCGCCCCUCAGGCAACUGUCACGAGCAGGAAUGCUACAGUUCUAUGUUUCAAAUCCAGUUACUUCUAUAA